AUGUCCGAAGGCGAGUUAUGGUCCACUUUAGUCACCGCCAUCGAUCCCGGUAGUAUCAAAGCCAUGCCAGCUGUCCUUCAGUCGACCAUCGAUCUCUUGGAGACGGAACUGGCCAAGGCCAGAGCUGCGCUCCAUGAAAUACAACCCGCCGCUGGCCCCUUGUUUACGAGGAGGGAUGAGCUCGCCCUCGGUGCGGUGGCAGCAUAUCGUCAAAAUCUCAUUGACCGCGCGCCGGGGUUCUUCUAUGGCACGAGCCGAUUGACGCCAAAGGAACUGGGCCUUGUUCCCACCGUCCGCGAAGUACUGGCAGAUGACGAUGACAAGCAGUUGGUGACUGAGCCUGAGCAACAGCACCAACCUGUCCUUCCCGUAUCGCCGAGGCGCCCUUCCUUAGUCGAUUUGUUAUCCAACAGUUUGGUUCUCGAUCAUAUGGCCCCGUAUCUUUCGACCUCAUCAUUGUUCGCUUUGGUAUCGACCUCCCAUCUUGUCCGAUCCUUGAUCAUGGGCACGCCUUACGUUUUCCGACAUCUCGAUCUGACCCAAUGCCAUGGGGCCAAACUGGCCAGUUCAUUGACUAUGGGCUCUGCCGAGCAAACGGUGAGGGGUGAUCAAAUGAAUGAUUCCAUGACCGAGGAUGAAUACUACUCGUCGCCUUUGAGGAACGUCUUUGCCCAUCUUGAGAGAAAGUCGCUCUUGCAAGAUGUGCGUACCUUGAUCUUGGAUGGUCUGUCCGUUCCGGCGGACUUGAUUGCGGAGAUCAUCCUUACGGAUCGUUUCAACAUCAACAUUCUGUCAAUAAGAGAGUGCCGUCAUCUCAACGAGCGUAAACUUAUGCAGGUUAUAAACCAUGCCGUCCGACCCACGCGUCCCAAGGGCACACCGCGCGUGAAAGGCAUCUAUCACUUCACUCCUUUAAAUCAAUCUCGUGCGACGGUACGCAGCAAAUACCGUGAUUGGUGGAGCUCGAGAUGUUCUCGCCAAGUUUCUUGCACGGCUCCAACUUCGGAAGACAGCGCUGCAGCCAGUGACCAUGCUGAGGGUAAUACGCAUCAGCAGAAUGCAUGGUAUCGAUCGUCCGGGCAGCUCUUCAAGCAAAGUGUUGAGGAUGGGUGGGCGGAGACAGUCAAGAAAUGCGAAGGCAUCAUUGCUUUUGAUGCAGUCUUGUGCCACGGCCCACGACAUGACGUUGAUCGUUACACCCCAAUGCCGCAGAACCAGAAUGGAUCUCAUCCAGAAAGUCGACUGCUUGGGCCAAAGCUCGCCACUGUUGCCCUAGGUCCCAGAGGAUGUGAUGGCUGCCACACCUCCCCGGAAGGCCCGGCAUUUUGGGGCCAGUCCCCGGACGAUAGAUUCCCUCUGCUUGCGCCGCCACCGUACCAUACUUCCUCCGUAGCCAAGGCAAAACGCCCGGUGUUGAUUCCGGAUGAGCAGCCGAGUCUAAUCGUUCGCUGCACGGAGUGUGUGACUGACCGGUGGUGUCAUCGUUGCAACAAAUGGUUCUGUGAAGAUUGUUUGCCCCAUCCCGAGCGCGGAAGGAAUGAUCUCUCGCCGCACCAGACGGCAGUCAGGGGUCCACGGAGCAGCCAGGAUAGUACUGAGCAGCCCCAAGAGCACACGUGUGCCCAGUGCAAGGCGGAUUGUCAGCGAACCUGCCGGAGUUGUCGAGGUGAUUAUUGCGUCGAGCACAAUGAGGGAUGCUCCUCGACGAUGUUGACCGUCGCUCCGCCGCCGCAAAUUCCCAGGCUCCCAGGCGAUAAGAUUACGCUGCCACCUUCCGCGCUCGAGCAACUCCUGGCGGCUGCCCCGCUUCAAGAGGUGAAUUCGCCGGGCCCGGCACGCCAGUACACCAGCGCUUUUGACCCCUUCAACCCGCAUACCUUCGCCGCCGAGUCCCAAGCACGCGAGCGGGGUGUGGAUCGCCAGCAGCAACUGCCCCAUCCGCUCACGUUCCGCAUCGUUAACCCGCAAAAUAACCGUGUGGUAUAUGCUGGUGUCCGCGAGUUUUCUGCGGCAGAGAAUGAGAUUGGCCUCAGUGCUUUUCUACGAGGCGCCCUUGGCAUUGCUACGCAAAAUCCGGGGUCCUCCGCUGUUGUAGGUGAUGCGGGAGACGAUGUACCAGCCGCGCCGGCUACGGUCACGGUUCACGCCCAGCAGUUGCCGAAAGGCACCUAUGUCCGUCUGCGCCCGCUUGAAGCUGGAUACGACCCGGGGGAUUGGAAGGCUUUGCUCGAACGGCAGCUGCGUGAUAACUACACCACAUUAACCUCUGGCGAAGUCCUUACUGUUGCGGGGAGCGGCAACCAGUCGUUUCAGUUCUUGGUUGAUAAAGUUGAGCCUCAUGGCACUGGCAUAUGUGUUAUUGAUACGGAUUUGGAGGUGGAUAUCGUCGCCUUGACCGAGGAGCAAGCCAGAGAGUCUUUACAAAAACGAUUGGAGAAAGCUUCCCGAGUAUCUAGUGCUGGAGCGGGUACAUCUAUUGGUGGCGAACUUCAACUCGGUCAAGUAGUCACUGGCCGGGUAGCCCCCGGGGAUUAUGUCGAUUACGAACUUCUUAAAUGGGAUCCCGCAAAUGCACUCGAAGUAUUUGUUGAAAGCGCCGACAACGCAGAUGUCUGUCUCUUUGUCAGUCCCCUUUCCCCUCGCCAGCGAAACCGACCACGGGAGGACGAGCAUGUAUUUGGUGACUUAUCAAGCCAGUCAACUAAACGGAUAAGAAUCCAGCCGACGAAUGUUGAUAUGGAAGGGGCCGAGACCUUGUAUAUAUCGGUGCACGCGUGCACUUCCACUGAGAGCUCGGACACGGGAGACUCGGCUCCCCGCUUGCCGUUGCCAUACAGCCUACAGAUUCAUGCUGGACCCUCCUUGACAAGUCAUGAGAGCCUUUCAGCCACCGGACCAGAGAACCAUGACCCGGGCGACGUACAGUGUAAAAACUGCCAUCAAUGGGUGCCUCAACGAACAUUAAUAUUGCAUGAAAACUUCUGCCUUCGGAACAAUAUCCUUUGUCGUCAGUGUCAGAACGUGUUCCAGAAACGGUCAGCAGAAUGGCAGAAUCAUUGGCACUGUCCGCAUGACUCGGCCUAUGGCGAUGGUCGUAUAGAGCAGCACAGACACAACCUCUGCUUUCACACUAAGCGUUUCUGUGGCGGUUGUGGCUUUGAGGCGGAGAAUCUUCCUCGUCUUGCUCAGCAUCGCACAACCGUCUGCCCGGCCAAACUUAUCCUCUGCCAAUUCUGUCAUCUUGUGGUUCCCCAACGGAGUGAAUCAGACCCUGACAUGCAUGACCCGGACGUUUUAGUCUCCGGCCUUACCCCGCAUGAAUUGGUGGAUGGUGGUCGGACAACCGAAUGCCAUCUUUGUAACAAGAUCAUCCGAUUGCGGGACAUGAAGACGCACCUUCGCCAUCAUGAUUUGGAACGUCUCUCCCGUCCAACCCCUCGCAUUUGCCUAAAUCAGAACUGUGGGCGGACGCUUGAUGGACGCGGUACACAAGAUGCAGUCAACCUUGGCCUCUGCAGCAUCUGUUUUGGGCCACUAUAUGUAGACACUUAUGACCCUGAAGGGAAAGCGCUCAGGCGACGUGUCGAGCGUCGCUACCUUUCCCAGAUGAUGACAGGCUGUGGUAAGACUUGGUGUCAAAACGAGUAUUGCAAAACGGCGAAGCAAGCUAGACAAGCCCCUACAUCUGGUCUAAAUUCUGCGUCCGCACCCAUCGGUGCGGCAGCUAUCUUGACUGCUGUGAGACCUUUGCUUGACACCGUGAACCUCGGGGGAGAUGCACCCAACACUGCACCUUUCUACCUUUGCGCAGACCAGGUGGGUCAGCAACGCCGUCUCGCCGCGGAAAUUCUCGCAGCCGAGGGAACAAUAGUUAGUGGAAGGGCUUAUGAUUUGCCAUGGUGCGUCGCCGCUGUGGAAGCCACGGUAGGAAAUCUAGAAAAGGCGCGAGAAUGGUUGGAAAAUUGGGCCCCCGCUCAUGGUGAAGGGGCGGGUGCCGUUCAGCAGUAA